AUGUCUCUAGGAUAUUCAGGCAUGGGUGCGUGGUGUCUUUUGUUUCCAUCAUCAGUCAUCACUCUAUGCCUUACCCCACGAUAUAUCUCAUUUGAUCACACGACAUUGCUACUUAUGCGCUGCUUCGGAGCGCAAGCGACAACCUGUGGUAUGCUCCUAGGAACAGCCACUAUGACCCGGCGAAGCUUUCAGGCCUUUGGCCUCGCCAUGAUCCCCUAUCUCGCAUUCAAUGCUUGGUUUGGACUUGGUCCGGGGAAGGGACAGGACACGGAAUACUGA